AUGGAGCCUAAUCAAUCGGCCCAGGACUUGUGGAUCACCAUCGACAACCUCUUUCAAGCCAACAAGGAGCCUCGCGCGAUCUAUCUGCAUCACGAGUUCCACUCCAUGACCCAAGGCGAUCUCUCCGUCGCCGACUAUUGUCAGCGCAUGAAGACGGUGGCUGAUGCCCUCCACGACGUCGGCCACCCCGUCACCGAGUCCCAGCUCGUCCUCAACCUCCUCCGCGGCGUCAACUCGCGCUUCACCAGCACGGCCGACAACAUCGCGAGCGCCCCUGUCUUGCCGUCCUUCGCCUCUGCGAGGAACACACUAGUUCUCAAGGAGCUUCGCAACGCCAACUCGGUACAAGUCCAGUCCGAGACUGCCCUCGUCGCAGCCAACAACGCCCACUCCAACUGCACCGGGGGCACUUGCCACUCCUCUGGCAGCGGUGGGCAGCAGCAGAACUGCGCCGGCGGCGGCAACAGCGGCAAGAACAAGGGCAAGAACGGCGGCCACAACAACAACCGCAACUCCGGCGGCAACGGCGGCGGUGGAUUCGGCGGACGCCCUGGUGGACAGAACAACGGCAGCAACAGCUUUGGCACCAGCACUUUCUCUGCCCCUGCUCCAUGCCAAGCUGCACCAUGGGAUGCUCCUGCUCCCUCUGUGGUCGCUCCACCACUAGCUGGUGUUGAGCAGCCGCACCUGCCGCACGCUCCAUUCCCUGUGAACGUCGAGCAGUGGCUGCCCACGGGUGCUCCCUUGGCUGAGGACGAGCACCUGCCCUACUACGUGCAGCCGCAUCACACUACGGGCGGGACGACGGCAAGUUCCACACAGCCGGCUGCCAUGUCUCCAUCUUCCUCAAGCAGGGCACCGUCGUCACCAGCUAUCCGGCCGUCCACGUCUUCUUCAUGA